AGCGAGCACAGCGACGCCGCUCCUGCCCGGGCGAGGGAAUGGAGCUCGCCGAGGUGGACCUGGGCGACCCCGGGGAGCAACCGGGCCGCGCCGAGGGGUGCAGCAGCGCGGACAGCCCGGCGGAGGAAGACGAAGGCGGUGAGGAAAGCGAGGAGGCGCUGUCGCGCAGCCGCGCCUCCUCGCUGGUGAGCGGCCUCCUGACCGAGCUGUACAGCGUGGGGCGCGCCCGCCACCGCGACAGCGUGGACAGCUCCACCGAGGCGUCCGCCGGCUCCGACGCCUUCCCCGGCGGCUGGGGCAGCAGCGCCGAAUCACGCUUCCUGCUGGAGCUGCGGCGAAGGCCGGGCCAGCGGCACCAGAGGACGUAUUUGGCGCAGAAAGAUACCAAUGAGUUGACAACUAUAAUACGCGAGCUGAAUUACAGAAUUUGUGUUCAGUCAGCAAAAUUGCUUCGCCUUCUGAAACAAAAGGACAGGCUUUUGCACAAAGUGCAGAAGAACUGUGAUAUUGUAACAGCCUGUUUGCAAGCAGUUUCCCAGAAACGGCGAGUUGACACCAAGUUGAAAUUUACACUUGAGCCAUCUUUAGGUCAGAAUGGCUUUCAGCAGUGGCAUGAUGCUCUCAAAGCAGUGGCUAGGCUUCCAACAGGAAUACCAAAGGAGUGGAGGAGAAAGGUCUGGCUCACUUUGGCAGAUCAUUACUUAAGGAGCAUAGCAAUUGACUGGGAUAAAACAAUGCGCUUCACUUUCAAUGACAGAAGCAAUCCUGACGAUGAUUCCAUGGGUAUUCAGAUUGUAAAGGAUCUUCAUCGAACUGGAUGCAGUUCUUACUGUGGCCAGGAGGCAGAGCAAGACAGAGUGGUAUUGAAACGUGUUUUACUGGCUUACGCCAGGUGGAACAAAUCUGUAGGAUAUUGUCAAGGCUUUAACAUUCUGGCCGCCCUCAUUCUUGAAGUAAUGGAAGGCAACGAGGGAGAUGCUUUAAAAAUUAUGAUUUACUUAAUUGAUAAAGUGCUGCCUGACAGCUAUUUUGUCAAUAACCUCCGAGCGCUAUCUGUCGACAUGGCCGUGUUCCGAGACCUCCUGAGAAUGAAACUUCCUGAGCUGUCACAGCAUUUGGAUACUCUUCAAAGAGCUGCCAACAGGGAAAGUGGAGGCGGUUACGAACCCCCACUCACGAAUGUCUUCACUAUGCAGUGGUUCCUGACCCUGUUUGCUACAUGCCUUCCUAACCACACAGUUCUAAAAAUCUGGGAUUCUGUGUUCUUCGAAGGGUCGGAAAUUAUACUGAGAGUAGCGCUGGCUAUUUGGGCAAAGCUGGGAGAGCAGAUAGAUUGUUGUGAAACUGCAGAUGAAUUCUAUGGCACCAUGGGAAAGUUAACCCAAGAGAUGUUGGAAGGCGACUUGAUUGAUAGCAAUGAACUCAUGCAGACUGUUUAUUCUAUGUCCCAGUUCCCUUUCCCACAACUAGCAGAAUUACGGGAGAAAUAUACAUACAACAUUACUCCUUUUCCUGCCUCAGUGAAAUCAGCUUCAGGAUGGCUGGGGAAAAUUAGAGACAGUGAUGAGGAGAACGACAUCGAUGAUGAAGAUUCGAUAGCCAAUGUCAUUGGUUGCCUUGGGCCUUUCAGUGGGUUUCUAUCCCCAGAACUACAGAAGUAUCAAAAGCAUUUCAAAGAUCAUAAUGAAGAGCAGAGUCUAGGUUCCAGCAAUAUUGCAGAGCUAAGCCCCGGAGCAAUAGAUGCCUGUCGGAGUGAGUACCACGCAGCUUUUAACAGUAUGAUGAUGGAACGUAUGACCACAGACAUUAAUGCACUGAAAAGGCAGUAUUCCCGGAUAAAGAAGAAACAGCAGCAACAGGUCCAUCAGGUGUACAUCAGAGCAGGGUCUGAAGAUGAUGACCCUGGGAUUAUGUUAGAUCCCAGGGACCAGCCGAAUAAUGAUAAAGGACCAGUUACUAGUCUUCUGCCCUCUCAAGUGAACCAUUCUCCAGUGAUCAACCACCUUCUGCUAGGAAAGAAGAUAAAGCCAACUAACAGGUCUUCCAAAAAUGCUAUUAUUCAUGUUCCAAAUCACGCAGGAGGCAAGAUGUCACCUAGUCCCCACGAAGAUCUUAAAACAAAGCUCAACUCUCCUUGGCGCACUCACAUUAGGGUGCAUCGAAAGAAUAUAGCAAGAGCCAAAGGCCAGCUGGGCUAUGGAGAUACAAUAGGGUUAAUAGAAGAGCAGAAUGAAGGUGUGAAAACCAAUAGUCCCAAUGGGAAAGAAGAGGCUCCAAGCAAAUCUGAAUCUAUGGAAAUCGAAGGCAGUGAUUCAGAUGCCAGGACUGCUGAAGGACAGUCUCCUGAACCAAGUUACAAAGAUGCCAAUGCCAAUGUCAACGUAUCAGCUGUUCAGUUGAAACUCGAAGCCCUGGAACUUACCCAAAAUGACAAAGAUGAUGUUGAAUCAGUAUCAACUUCGUUCUGUCAAACACCUUUAUCCGAGUUCCCGAAUUCACCCAGUGACAGUGGGACAGUGGCAAAAUCUCCCCAAGCUGUCACUACUAAACCACAAGUCUUCAGUCCUUUUCCCAGUGUCAAACCUCUCAGAAAAUCAGCUGCGGCCAGAAACCUAGGGUUGUAUGGUCCAACUGAGAGAACCCCAACUGUACACUUCCCACAGAUGAGCAGAAGCUUUAACAAGCCUGCAAGCGGUAACAGCAGGUCUAAAAAACGAUGAUGUAUAUACCGCUGGCGCAUCAUCAUCAUCUCAGUUUUUAUUAUGUGUGUGUUCAUCGUUCUGAAGGAGUUUCUGAAUAAUUUCAUUUGUUAAUUGAAAUAAUGAAGAUAAGUCGCAACUGGAACAUAAACUGUAUGAUCAAAGAUAUGUCUUUUUAUAUAUAACGUGGAGUAGUGAAAGUACACAGUGCCACAUACAGUUUUCAUGUUCAAAAAAUGAACAUUUAUUUUCAGUAAUGAGAAGCUGUCAUAUGGCAUUCAGUAAUGCAGUGGUAGGACAGCUUUUUCCUGUCAGUUCAUCAAGAAGACUACCACCUUUUAUGGUUCAGUGGCUAAUUAGCAGAGCUUUGUAGCUGCCUGAGUGAAGUGCACUGAACUUCAAAAUUUCAGGCAGAUAAAAAUAUUUUUUGAAAACCUGCUUCUGUAUAAUAUAUAUGGAAUAUAUUUGAGCAGCUGACACAUUAGCUGUGUUUUAGCAUUUUCCACUCGAAUGCCACUGGUGUUACUUGCUUUAAUUAGUUUUGAUAUAAUAAUUGUCACCUUAGGUCAGGUAAAAAGGGAAGUUGAAAUGUUUUCUAUGACUUGAUCGUAGCUCCUUAAAUGAUGACCUUCAGUGAGUCAUGGGACUGUAGGAAUAUAUAUUUAAAUCUGUUAGUUAAUUUAUCACUAAAAUUCCUAGAAGUAUCUGUUAUUAAAGACGAAUCUUCCUUAGCCUUUUUGAUAAGGUUAAGUCACUUUUCAUGUUAACUGCUGGGCAGUGUUGCUUCCA